GCGACCGAAGAAGCCACUGGAAAUGAUGCCGCAGCAAGUGACUGCGGUCGACUCGGAUCCGAACCGUCUGGUGUCCAGCGAGGAAGAGAUGCUGCGUCUGGCUCCGCAGCCGCACGAGCGCGUAGUCUACUGGGGCUCUGGCAGUCCGCAGGCCUGGCGCAUUCUGAUUGCUUUGGAGGAGAAGAAACUGCCGUACCGUAGCGUAUGUGUAAGCUUCUCUAGUGGCGUUCUCAAGACGCCCUUCUUCCGAGCGCUCAACCCUCGCAUGCGGAUCCCGGUACUCGUAGAGCCCAUGGAACUCCCGCCACGUGAAGACACACAACCCGAUACGACAUUGGACCCCAAAAGUAAAGUUGCCGAAGCUGCCAUGGGGAUAUCUCGUCUCAUGACGCACAGCACGUCACAAUACCGCACCGUCGUGUACGAAUCCAGUGCGAUCCUCGAGUAUCUAGAAAAGAAAUACCCUGAGGUGCCGUGUAUGCCUGCAUCGCCAGCUCUGUAUGCAGUGGCGCAGUCCAGACUACACGAAGCGAACGAGAUCUUGUCCGUCGUGGGCGAUUUGGUCGUGUAUCUGCGUCGAUUCCCGCACGAGAAGCGCAAUCCAGCCAUCGUCAAUGCCAAAUGGGCCUCGGUAGAGACGGAACUGAGUCUAUGGGAGUCGUAUCUCGGUGGCCACCAGUUCCUCGUGGACUCGGAAGUACCGUAUCUGUGCGACUUUACACUCUUCACCAAUGUCGCCUACGCUGUGCGGUGUGGCUUGCAGCUUGACGGACUGUACCCACGCUUGGCAAUGUUCUACGUGCGUCUGUGUGCACGUGCGUCGAUCGAGACGACGUGGCCGCCUCAUUGGCGAACAACCUUUAACUUGAAAGUGCUCACCAAGACAUGUUGUUACUGUGGCGGCAGAGCCGACCAACCCUGUGUGUGCAAACAACGGCCUGUGGCGCCCAAGAGGAUGGUGCCACCUCCUGCGGUGCACACGACCCAACAACCUUCGUGA